ACAGGAAGUUGACGGAUAAAGAGAUCUGUGCUGUAAACACAAUAAUUGUGAACAUAAUCAGUGAUGAACUCACUGGUGGGAUACAGAGUGUCAUCUGACUCAGAGGAUGAAGAGGGGACACAGAGCAGAGCAGCACAGAAUGAGGAAAAUGAGUCCAAACAGAAGAAAUCAUACAACUUCCUGGUGGAAUCUGGAUCAGCUUCCAGUGAGUCUGAGCCAGAUGAAGAGCAGGAAGAUGAACAUGACCCAGUGAAUGAUCUCUCAUCUCCUGAACACCCAGUUCCUCCCUCAGUCAGUUCUGCUUCUAAUAAACUGCCUUCUCCUGCUUUGGGACGGUUUUGUGUUCCAGUUGGCAGCAGCGUGUUUGCGAACCCUUUUAAAGAACGAGCAGAACAGAAACUCAACGUGCUCCAGAAACACGUCCCGCUCACGUCCCACGCCCAGCCCUCACACAUCGGCGGGAAGAGGGUGUGUGUGGCCUACAGGAAAAAUGGCCGCUGCCGUUUCGGAAUCCGUUGCAAAUUUGCUCAUGACAGUGACCUGCAGCAAAACAUAGCAGAACCUACUGACACGGACUUAAACAACACUGCGACACACACUCCAGCCUGCAGGGAAUCGGCUGUUGAGAGUAAACAAGCAGACGAGGAGGACAAUCAGAGCAGGAAGAAGAAGCACCGCGUGGGAGUGAGCGAUAGUUUAAUCCCUCCCAAACGGGCGCUGAAGCAGUACGCCAUGCAGAGGGAAAACGGCUCACAUUCACAUACAUGAAUCCAGGGUGUAGGAAAUAAGAUCUGAACUCAGGGUACAGGGUGUGUUUAAAAUUGCCCCAGGUGUGCUGUGUGAGAGGCUUUGUGCAAGAUUGUGCUUUCAUCAUUCUAGAUAGAACUCCUUCACUGAGACUAGGACAUGGAGGCCACGCCUCCUUCACUGAGACUGGGACACGGAGGCCACGCCUCCUUCACUGAGACUGGGACACGGAGGCCAUGCCUCCUUCACUGAGACUGGGACACGGAGGCCAAACCUUCUUCAUUGGGACACAGAGGCCACACCUUCAGAGACUGACACCUAUAGACCACGCCUCCUUCACUGGGACACGGAGGCCACGCCUCCUUCACUGAGACUGGGACACGGAGGCCAUGCCUCCUUCACUGAGACUGGGACACGGAGGCCAAACCUUCUUCAUUGGGACAUAGAGGCCACACCUUCAGAGACUGACACCUAUAGAUCACGCCUCCUUCACUGGGACACAGAGGCCACACCUCCUUCACUGGGACACAGAGGCCACGCCUCUUUUAUGUUUUGUGUUGAUUGCAACAAACACAAUCAAAACAUCACACAUUAUUUGUUCAGUAUUUUGUUAAGAAAACAACACGACCGUUUGAACACUUCAGCCUCAGUAUGCUGUAAUAUCUGGUGCAUCACUCAGUGAUUAUAUUAAUAUAGAAUUCACUGACUUUAUUUCUGUCUGUAGAACAUUUCAGGACACAAGUAUGAUUACUGACCAACAUUCACAGUAUGUCCAGUUCAUUCAAUGAGUCAGAUCAUUUGACUCAUCUCAGCAACAGAGUCGACAAUUUCGGCUCUCAAACGACUCUUUUUUUUUUAUUUUCUGACUGAGACGGUUUCAUGUAAUUUGUCUGUAGAAGUGUUUUAAAUAAAUGACAGUGUUCUUGAUCAACAAUCAUAUUGUCCAUUAGUACGCUAACUAAAUCUUCUUACAAAUGUCUCUAAACAACAAGAAGCAUGUGGAGAAGGCCAUGGCUUUGUAGGUGAGGUCACAUGGCUUUGUAGGCGAGGUCACAUGGCUUUGUAGGCGAGGUCACAUGGCUUUGU